AUGCCCACGCCCCCGCCCCCGCCUCCGAGCGACCACCGACCUGUGCUGGCCGGGGUUGGUGAGCCGACGAUCAAGCCCAAGCAGCGCCGGAAACCCCGCGCUGUCUCCCACCUCGAGCCGGAACGCCUACAAAGGAAGAGACAGGUGGAUCGCAAGGCGCAGGCGGCUCUGCGUGACCGCGCAAGGUCGCGUGUGCAGACGUUGGAGGCCGAGGUCGAGCUUCUGAGCAAGACGGCGGAGCAGCGCGAGCGGCACCAUGUCGCGCAGGUCACGGCGUUGCAAGAGCAGAACACGCGGCUGCGCGAGCGACUAGACAGCAUCGCGCAUUUGAUACUUCACGGCGAGAACGACAUGGCUCGCGCGACACGUCCGACCCCCCAGAGUCCUUCUUGUCACGACGACCACAAUCUACUCCGCACCCCCGGUGAGGGCUCGGUAGGCGACGCGCCCGGUCACAGCGGCAUGCAAGGCGGAUCGGCCACGGGCAACAACGACGACGUUACGGCAGGAUGUCCUUCAGGCGACCACAGCAUGGCCUCGAAUGGGACAGACCCGCCGAUCUUCUCCGAAUGUCCAUCCGACCAAGUCUCUGGGAGUCACAGUGACGACUUUCGGCGUGGAGAUGUUCCCCACUCGCCAGAGGCGCCCAUUUCUGCGGACGGACAAUCAUACUCUGUAAGUCCCUCGGAGCUGGGAGCACCAGAUCAGAGCCAGGGGUUGAUGGACGGCGGAGGAACCAGCGAUGCCAUUCAGCGAAUGCGGAACCUCGACUCAGACGCAUCAACGUCUGCAAAAAACGCGCCGUCUCCUGCGUUCUGCCAGGGCCCUGCAGCGAUCUCAUGUACUCAUCUGCAAUCAACCUGUAUACUCGACACCAUUCUAGUCAACUUCUAUUCCGGACAGCGAAAGCUUCUCCAGGAGGGCGCCUCCCUUCUCACGGUAUUGGGGCCUUCUCGUCCAUACGUUGCGACCAUUGUCCAUCCAGGGUCGCAAAGCAACCAUCAUCCCAUUUGUCGAAUCAUCGAAGAUGUGAUGUCUACGUUCGGCCAGAUCCAGGCGCCGGAGAAGCUUGGUAUUGUCUUUAAGAUGCAUGCCACCCUCAGGUGGCUUAUCAACAAUACCGUGGAGAAUUAUGAGUACAUGCCGCGAUGGCUGCGACCAACCGCCACACAGAUAACAACACCUCACGCGGCAUGGAUAGAUAAUAUACCGUGGCCUGCAGUCCGAGACAUGCUUAUCGAGAACCCAAUCCUCUACCGCUUCGAAGUCUUCUCAGAGGUCUACUCGCACACCGUCUCGGUGAAUUGGCCUUACGAUACUGACGACGCAUUGGCGACGGAUGAAUGUACUGGACAUCUCGUCAUUGCCCCGAUCUUUGAGAAGCAUGUGCGGAGACUAGGCAACUGGACGGUUUCCAAGGAGUUUGAAGACUACUUCCCGGACUUGGCGAAAGCGACCAAGGUGGGAUCAUGA